UAGCUUGACAUCCUUCCUGAGUAGCGCCGCGCGUUUCCUUAAUUCAGACAGACUUCAAACUUCCAACAACUUUUCUGCUCUGCUUUUUGGUCCCUCCUUGUAGCAUAAAUGCCGAAACUUUCGCCUAAGAGCCCGGGUAUCGUUGCCGUCCGCGUUCAUUGCUAGGCGAUGGACGGGGACCAGAUCCAGGUGAGCGACGAAGAGCCCAAAGUCGUGCGUGAAGAGACCCGGAGGAGGAGGAGAAAGAAGGCCAUCAGCUCGUCGUCCUGCUGCUCCAUGGAUCAGAUCUCUGUGGAGUUUGUCCUGCCGAGCGUGGUGCGCGGCGGCAGCAGCCAUGACACUCUGCUGCUGGAGGUGGCCGGAAACUGGACGGUGGAACAGGUGAAAGCUCAGGUGUGGAUGAAGGCGGUGACUUUAAACCUCUGUCCCGACUUCUACCAGCGCCUUUCCCCCGACCACUGCAUCCUGCUCUACCAGAAGAAAGGCAACCUGUGUGAGAUCUACGACAAACACCAGGUGUUCCAGACGCUGGACUGCAUCCGCUACUGGAGAGCGCUGAAGAAAGACGUGGGCCGGAUUCAGCUGGUCCCCCGCCCGCAGCCCUCGGAUGAGUCGCUGCAGUACCAGCGUUACCUGAACAACCUGAUCGGCUACGACGUGACCGACGUCAGCAACGUGCACGACGACGAGCUGGAGUUCACCCGCAGGAAGCUGCUGACGCCCCGACGCAUCGAGCUGUCUGAUCGAGACCCCAAACUCUACUCCAUGGACCCCUGGGUGACCCUCAAGCCGCUGCCUGAACACCUGCUCAGCAAGAUCAGUAACAGCCACAUCCUGGUGGUGAUCCACAUCAGCACGGUCAGCCAGACCAUCAAGGUCUCCAUCGACGACACUCCUGAACAGGUUUUGACCAGCUUUUUCACCAAGAUAGCAAACAAGAGAGUUCUGCUGGGUAUCCCUGACAACACGUGUGAGUCCGACUUUGUGCUGCGUGUGUGUGGAAGGGAGGAGUAUCUGUACGGGGAUAAACCGCUGCUCAACUUCAACUGGAUCCGUCAGUGUCUGAAGAACGGAGAGGAGAUCCACCUGGUUCUGGAGAAGCCCCCUGAUCCAGACCUGGAUCUGGUCCAGAAGGACGACUGGGCUCAGGUGGAUGACUGCACCGGAGUGGCAGGGACCCACGAGCAGCUGACGAUCGAUGAGAAGGACCACGAGCGAGUGUUCACCAUCUCUAUGUGGGACUGCAACAGGAAGUUCAGAGUGAAGGUGCUGGGAAUCGACAUCCCAUCUCUGCCCAAGAUCCCAGAUUUCAUCGUCUUUAUCGAGGCCAGCAUCUUCCACGGUCAGCAGCUUCUAGCUCAGGAGAGGACGUCCUCUAAAACCUUCAAUGAAGAGGUGCUGUGGAACUGCUGGCUGGAGUUUAACAUUAAAAUCAGGGACCUGCCUAAAGGAGCACGCCUCAACCUCCAGGUGGUCUGUGGGAAGCAGCCUCAGACGCCAAACUCCAAGGCAGGCUCAGGCUACCAGGAUAACACCUCAGGAACAGGCAGCCACGAGGGUAAGACAAAGACUCGUCUCCUCUACUACGUCAACCUCCUCCUCAUCGACCACCGCUCGCUCCUCCGCCAGGGCGAGUUCAUCCUCCACAUGUGGAGGAUGCCCGAGAAGAGCGAGGAGAGCAGCAGCAGCAUCAACGCAGACAAGCUCACCUCGGCCACCAACCCGGACAAGGCCUCCAGCAUGGCCAUCGCCAUCUUACUGGACAAGUACUGCUACCCCGUGGUGCUGCCCAAGAGCCGGGACACGGGCCGGGGCGGGGGCGAGGAAACGGAGGGAGGGGAGCGGGGUCAGAGGGAGAUGCCGAACCACCUGAAGAAACAGUUUGGGGCCAUCGUGGCUACCGACCCCCUGCACCCGCUCAGCCCUGAGGACAAAGAGCUGCUGUGGCACUUCAGACACGAGUGUAUGCGCGACCCCAGAGCCUACCCAAAACUCCUGGGAUCUGUCAGGUGGGGGAAACAGGAGGACGUCUUGGCAACGCAUCGCCUGCUGGAGCGCAGCAGUGCGUGGGACAGCAGUGGUCUGGAUGUGGGUCUGGCCAUGCAGCUGCUGGACUGUCACUACUCAGACGCUCAGGUUCGCUCCAUGGCCGUCAGGAAGCUGGAGACUCUGGAAGAUGAUGACGUGCUCAGAUACCUUCUGCAGCUUGUACAGGCGGUCAAGUUUGAGCCUUACCAUGACAGCGCCCUGGUCAGGUUCCUGCUGAAGAGGGCUCUGAGGAGUAAGCGCAUCGGCCAUUUUCUCUUUUGGUUCCUGCGCAGUGAGAUCGCUCAGUCCAUGCAUUACCAGCAGAGGUAUGCUGUCCUGCUGGAGGCCUACCUCAGAGGCUGCGGUGAAGACAUGCUGCAGGACUUCAGGAAACAGGUGGAGAUGACUGAAGCUCUGCAGAAAGUCACCAGAGAGAUGAAGGCAACAUCUGCUGACAAGUAUGACAUUACUGCACAAGUGGUGUUUCAGCUGCGUCAGAAACUGGAGACUCUGCAGCUGUCGGGUCUACCGGAGAGUUUCAGGGUCCCCUAUGAUCCUGGACUCCGAGCUGGAGUCCUGCUGAUCGAGCAAUGUAAAGUGAUGGCGUCUAAGAAGAAGCCCCUGUGGCUGCAGUUUAAAAGGGCCGACCCCACCACUCUGUCCAAAGACCCCAUAGGCAUCAUCUUCAAAGAUGGAGAUGACCUCAGACAGGACAUGCUCAUCCUGCAGAUUCUGCUGAUCAUGGAGUCGAUCUGGGAGACUGAAUCUCUGGAUCUCUGUCUGCUGCCGUACGGCUGCAUCUCCACUGGAAACAGGAUAGGUAUGAUUGAGAUCGUGAAGGAUGCCACCACCAUCGCUAACAUCCAGCAGAGUGUUGUGGGAAGCACCGGAGCUUUUAAAGAUGAGAUCCUCAAUCAGUGGCUGAGGGAUAAGUGUGUCGGCGAGGACAAGUUCCAGCAGGCUGUGGAGAGGUUUCUCUACUCCUGCGGUGGCUACUGUGUGGCUACCUACGUACUGGGAAUUGGGGAUCGACACAAUGACAACAUCAUGAUCACUGAGUCUGGGAACCUCUUCCACAUCGACUUCGGUCACAUCCUGGGGAAUUACAAGAGUUUCAUGGGAAUCAGUAAGGAGUGGGUUCCCUUCGUGCUCACGCCAGACUUCCUGUAUGUCAUGGGAACGUCGGGGAAGAAAAGCAGCCCCCACUUCCAGAAGUUCCAGGACGUGUGUGUAAAAGCUUACCUCGCUCUUCGGCAUCACACCAACCUGCUCAUCAUCCUCUUCUCCAUGAUGCUGAUGACCGGCAUGCCUCAGCUGACCAGUAAGGAGGACAUUGAGUACAUCCGGGAGGCGCUCACCGUUGGACGCAGCGAGGACGAGGCACAGCGCCAUCUGCUGGACCAGAUCGAGAUCUGCAGGGAAAAGGGCUGGAUGGUUCAGAUUAACUGGUUUGUUCACUUGGUGCUGGGGAUCAAGCAGGGUGUGGAGAAAAGAUCCACUUAAGGAAUCCGUCACAGUUAGCCAUGAUGAAGUGUUGAACCUCAUCCCUUGGUUUUCUUAAAUUGAGGAAGUUCUGCUUUUAAAUGUAAAUUAGAGCUGUCCAGGAAGGUUCAAACAGAAAGUCCCGGCAAACAUGCAAAUACUGAGGCUGUGUCUGAAACCACAUACUACACACUGCCUACUACAUACUGAAAAUAUAUUUACUGCAUACUAACCUGACCGUUAGCAUAAUGUUUGCAACGUACAACACACAACUUACUAGACUAGACAAUGCGAAAGUGCAAAAUCCUGCAGUUCGACGAGUGUCCACUAGAGGCCGGCUCCAGGAACACAGGAAGUCACAUACACACAAUCUUUACAGCAUAAAUAAACAUGUUUACAGCCUGGUACAAAAAAAGAAUUGUCAUCACUGGCACACACUGUAUGGGGGCUUUUUUAUUUAUUUUUAUUUUUUUAAACUACCCCGUUUUGAUUUUAUGAUUUUAAGUCUGCGGUUUCAGACGCAGUUUGUUAUUUUGAGCAACCAGCUGGGAGAGAAGCUGGAACACCAGUUUUCUAAGAGCGACUGAAAAGUAAUAAGAGCAUGUUAAUGAUGAGGAACUUAAGCUGCAACACGGGAGUGACUGUUAGAGACGCUGCUCACACCAAGUCAAACUUUCACUGCAUUUCUGGAUAAUGUGCUGAAGAAAACGUGUUUACAGGUGCACAUGUUCUCUAUCAUCUUUAAGAAGUCAGCAUUUAUUUUUAAGACACAGUUUUAAUAUAUUUUUUUGUAAUUGUCUUUUUAUUGAAACAAAGUUGAAUCAUACAUACAUGAACAUUCGGCCUCUUCAUACAUUAAUACGCCUGUUCCCUUCUUUUUUUUUUACA